AUGGACGCGCCGCAGCUGACCCCGGGCGCGGUGAAGGAGAUCUGGGACCUCCCGGACGGGCCGGGGAACAUCAAGCCGGUGCUGCAGGUGGCGGACCUGCGCCCCGUCACCACCAAGUCCGCCGCCGCGGCGAAGCAGUCGGAGCGCUUCCGCCUGCUGCUCUCCGACGGCGUCCACUCGCAGCAGUCCAUGCUCUCCACCGACCACAACCACCUCGUCCGGGACGGCACCCUCCGCGUCGGCUCCAUCGUCCUCCUCCAGGACAUCACCUGCAACACCAUCCAGAAACGCAGGAUAAUUAUUGUUGUCAAACUUGAUGUUCUGCGAAGUGAGUGUGACAUGAUUGGGACACCCAAGAUUUAUGAGAAAAAAAUACCUGAAGGACAGGGGCCUAACUUACCAGCCAAUUCUGCUCAAGCAAAUAGUGGAAUCUAUUCCGGUGCUCCAGGCAUGCUUGGCAAUGCUGGUUCUGAAAGGGUGGAGCAGGUUGCUAACAAUCUGUCAUAUGGUGCACCCUACAAUGGUGUUCAUGGCCCAGUCAACCCUUCGAUUGGUCAAACAGUCGAACCUGUACCUAACAAUGUGUUGUCUGAUGGAUCUUAUGGUACAUUGUCAGCACAGAACACAAUGAAUGUCAAUGCAGUGCAGCCAAACGCUCAGCGACCAAUACUGAACUCUCAUCAGAACCAAAGGUUUGCAGUUCCUGGUACAGGGGGGAGCUCUGGCCCUUCUGGCAAUAUUUAUGGGCGUUCUGCACAGUCUUCGUAUCAGCAGCCAGCUCCUGCAUAUAGAAAUAGUGGACAUGUUGCUAGGAAUGAAGCUGCCCCUCGUGCUAUCCCGAUUUCAGCAUUGAACGUUUACCAAAAUACUUGGACAAUAAAGGCUAGGGUGACUGCGAAGAGUCAUGUCAAGCACUUCACCAAUGCGAAAGGUCCAGGAAAACUCUUCAGCUUUGAUCUUCUUGAUGCACAUGGUGGAGAAAUUCGUGCAGUAUGCUUUAGUAGUAUUGCGCGGUAUGAUCAGUUCUAUGACCUAAUUGAGGUUGAUAAGGUGUACUUGAUAUCUAGAGGGGUGCUCAGACCCGCAAAGAAGCAGUUUAACAAUUUAAACAAUGACUAUGAAAUCAAUCUGGAUAAUACAAGUUCUAUUGAGGUUUGUUCUGGUGAUGAUAGCAGUAUCCCUAGGCAGCAGUUCAAUUUCCGAGAGAUCAGCGAAAUAGCUAACAUGGAUAAAGGCUCCAUGGUUGAUUUGCUAGGGGUUGUUACAUCAGUUAGCCCUUCUUCUACAUUUAUGCGGAAGAAUGGUGUGGAAACCCAGAAAAGAGUCCUUCAACUGAAGGACAUGUCUCGUUGCAGCGUGGAAAUAACCAUGUGGGGUGACUUCUGUAAUGCCGAAGGUCAGCAGCUGCAGUCACUGUGUGAUUCUGGUUUGAAUCCUGUACUUGCUCUGAGAUCUGGCCUUGUUGGUGAUUUCAAUGGCAAAUCUGUGGGCACAAUCAGCUCAACCUUGUUAAAAGUAAAUCCAGACUUCUCUGAUGCUGAACGGCUGAGGCAGUGGUACAUAACUGAAGGGGAAAACACUGCUUGCACUUCUUUAUCUGUGGGUGGUAUGUCAAGCAUGGGCCGGACUGAUGCCCGAACAACUGUUAGGCAGAUCAAGGAUGACAACUUGGGAAGAUCAGAGAAGCCCGACUGGAUCACUGUUAUGGGUACAAUAUCGAACAUCAUCACAGAUACUUUCUGUUAUCCAGCUUGCACCGCAGAGGUUAAUGGUACACGCUGCAAUAAAAAAGUCACAAAUAAUGGUGACGGGAUGUGGCAAGGCGAGAAAUGUGAUCACAGCUCUCCAAAUUGUGAGUACAGGUACAUGCUCCAGUGUCAAAUCCAGGAUCACACUGGGACUACUACGUUUGCAACUGCAUUCCAGGAUGCUGGCCAUGACAUAAUUGGCCUCACAGCGCAGGACCUUUUCAGUAUGCAACAUGAAGAUGGGGAAAAAUUUGCAGGAAUCAUAAGGCAGACCCGUUUUGAGCUAUACAUAUUUAAGCUGAAAGUCAAGGAAGAAACAUUUAGUGAUGAAGCGCGCGUGAAAGCCACUAUAGUUAAGGCUCAAAAACUGGAUGACACGGCAAAAGAGAGUCGCUUUCUUGUGGGAGCUAUUGAUAACCUUUUGGCGGAUGAUGGCUCAGGCUCAGUUCCUGGGGUGAAUGGUGCUGCUGCUAUUAACACUGGUUUCACAUCUAACAGCACGUAUGCCACGAACAUGGGUGGCCCAAAUCAGUUUGGGCAGCAAGCGAGCUUGUCUGCCAGGAUGGCUAGUACGCCAUCGGCAACACGAUUUGCACAGGCUUGUGCUGUUUGUGGGUCCAAUGAGCACAGCGUGCAGAAUUGCCCUGCAGUGGCCAUGGAUAUGCAGCAACCAACAGCAAGUGGCAUCACGCCUAAUUCCUACGGUGGGUCCUCGGCUGGCAACGCAAACGCCAGAUCAGACUUGUGCUACAAAUGCAGCCAGCCUGGGCACUACUCUAGAGACUGCCCAGGGCAGCAGGCCACCUCGUACGCUGCUUCGGCUGGCAACGCUGGUGCCAGAUCAGACUUGUGCUACAAAUGCAGUCAGCCUGGUCACUAUUCUAGAGACUGCCCAGGGCAGCAGGCUGCCUCCUACGGCUCUUCAGCUGGCAACGCCAAUGCCCGGUCAGACCUGUGCUACAAGUGCAGUCAGCCCGGGCACUUUGCCAGAGACUGUCCGGCGCAGGCUGGUGCCCCCCAGCGCCAGGGUUACGGAAAUGGCGCCGCUUCAGGAGGAUACAGCAGGCAGUCCUAUGUCGGUAGUUCCUGACGUGUUUUGAGCUGAUCCAGUAGCGUCCUGGUUCGGUUUUAUCUGCGUGGCGUGGCAUCGCCGCGCUUUGCCAGGCCACGCUUUCUGUACAGUUUGAUCUGCCUGCAGUGUUUGGGCUUCUUCCCCAGUGCUCUACUGGGGUUCCUGUGUCUGGAAUUUGUGUUACUAUAUAUUCAUGACUUCAUAAUGCAGCGUAUGUUUAAAUAA